CUCGCUUUUCGCGGGUAAUUGUGUGAGGGUGGGGGAAAGUUUGAAAGUUCGGUGCUGCUGACCUGGCCAAUUGGAGACUUCUCCCUGUCUGCUCCUGCAGCAACUACAACCUUGCAAGCAGACUCAGCUUAUACCUGCAUAGUUGUAGUUAUUUGAGUGUAUCUCUCUCCAUCUUUCAGCUAUUCUUCUUUGGGAGAUCUGGAAACAUGAGCAACAAGAAACUAAGACGAGUGGGUUUCUCACAAGAGCUGUGUGACCGUUUGAGCAGACAUCAGAUCGUUAAUUGUCAGGACUUUUUAGGUCUAUCCCCACUGGAACUUAUGAAAGUGACUGGCCUGAGUUAUGGAGGUGUCCAUGAGCUUCUGUAUAUGGUCAGCAGGGCCUGUGCCCCACAGAUGCAAACAGCUUAUGAGUUAAAGAUGCGGAGGUCUAAUGAACAAUCCCCAGCAUUCCUGUCUACUACCCUUUCUGCUUUGGACGAAGCCCUGCAUGGUGGUGUGGCUUGUGGAUCUCUCACAGAGAUUACAGGUCCACCAGGUUGUGGAAAAACUCAGUUUUGUAUGAUGAUGAGUGUUUUAGCUACAUUGCCCACCAACAUGGGAGGAUUAGAAGGGACUGUUGUGUAUGUUGACACAGAGUCUGCAUUUACUGCUGAAAGACUGGUCGAGAUUGCAGAAUGCCGUUUUCCACUCUAUUUUAACACUGAAGAAAAACUGCUUCUGAUGAGCAGUAAAGUUCAUCUUCACCGGGAACUCAGCUGUGAGGCAGUUCUGCAAAGGCUUGAAUCUUUGGAAGAAGAGAUUAUUUCCAAAGGAGUUAAGCUUGUGAUUGUUGACUCCAUUGCUUCUGUGGUCAGAAAGGAGUUCGAUCCUCAGCUUCAGGGCAACAUCAAAGAAAGGAACAAGUUCUUGGCCAAACAAGCGUCCUUACUGAAGUACCUGGCUGAGGAAUUUUCACUGCCGGUUAUCUUGACGAAUCAAAUUACGACCCAUCUGAGUGGAGCCCUCCCUUCUCAAGCAGACCUGGUGUCUCCAACUGAUGAUUUGUCCCCGUCUGAAGGCACUUCUGGGUCCAGCUGUGUGGUAGCCGCACUGGGAAACACGUGGAGCCACUGUGUGAACACCCGGCUGAUUCUCCAGUACCUUGACUCAGAGAGAAGGCAGAUUCUCAUUGCCAAGUCCCCUCUGGCUGCCUUCACCGCCUUCAUCUACACCAUCAAGGGGGAGGGCCUGGUUCUUCAAGGCAGCUGUACACACGUUUGCUGUAAGAAACUGUAGUCUCAUCCACCACUUUCAUCUUCAGGCCAAGAGAGGCCAUAGGGAUCCUGUGACCUUUGUCUAGAGCUGAUGGGGGUGUGAUUUGUGAAAUGAAACAAGACCAAGCCGGGUGCUGCUGGGAAAAAGGAACCGGAAGCCAACAUAAUGAGGAUUAAUUGGUUGAUUGCUGUUGAGAUGGUAACUGUGAUUUCAGACCCGGAAGGGAAGGUGAAGAUGAAGAAGCCUUUGUCCAGUCUCUAGAUGUGGCGGGCUAGGGGCUUUACCACCAUGGGAUGUCAGCAGCCAUAAUAAUAAUUUGCACUUACAUAGCACCUUUCAACCACGCACCUCAAAGCGGUUUAACCACAUUAAUUAAUUAAACCCCACAAUCCCCCUGGGGAGAAGAGGAGGAGGACUAACAAGAUUUGUAAUUACAGAAGGGAACAUUUCGAAUAAAGUAUUGUCCACCAAAUAAAAAGAAUAGGUGUGAAAGA